AUGGCCGUGGCUAUGGCAAAGGAAGUGAGCAAGAUGGAAGCAAAGAGUAAGACUAGAGUCAUGGCUGAAACUAAGGCAAAACCCCUGGCAGAACUUGGUGUAGUGCCCCAAAACAAUUCUAAAGCCAUGCCUACAUCCAGGUUCAGUGCUGUGUACAAGUAUGAAGUCAAGGCUGAUGCUGGAAGUGAAGCCAAUAUCAGGUCCUUUUCCAAGGCUGAUAAUAAGGCCGAUAUUGGAUCCAGACCCCUGAGAAGGAAAGAGGCCAGCACCAAGUUCAGGGAUGGGGACAGAGCUGGUAUAAUCGAGUCCAAUGAUGAGGAUGAAGAAAAUGUCUGCUCCUGGUUCUGGACUGGAGAAGAGCCUAGUUUAGGAUCCUGGUUCUGGCCUGAAGAAGAGAACCCUUAUCAAGUUUAUAAACCUCCACCACCUAAGAUCGAGGAAAAGCCCGAGCCCACACCCAAACCUGAACUUACUAUAAAGCAAAAAGCAGCAGCAUGGUCAAGGGCCAGGUAUAGUGUCCUAGUCCCAAUAGAUGGAGGGGAACCAUCCUUGCCUCCAGAAGGGAAUUGGACUCUGGUUGCAACCUUGAUUGAAACUCCUCUGGGUAUUCGGCCUCUGACCAAGAUCCCACCCUUUGAUGAUGGGCCUUACUUCCAGACCUUAGCUGAGAUCAAAGAACAGAUUAGGUAUAGGGAAAAGUAUGGGCCCAAUCCAAAAACCUGCCGCUGCAAAUCACGUGUCUUCACUUUAGAGCCUAAAGAGUUUGAUAAACUUGUUGCCCUACUUACGUUAACUAGGGAUCCUUUCAUUCAUGGAAUAGCAAGGAUGAUAAUGGGCAUCAGUCCUGCUUAUCCAUUUACCCAAGAUAUAGUUCAUGAUGUAGGUAUUACUGUUAUGAUUGAAAACCUGGUCAAUAAUCCCAAUGUUAAAGAACACCCGAGAGCUUUAAAUAAAGUGGAUGACAACUCUGAAUCUUCUGAAGAAGCAAAAACAGGAGAGUCAUAUGUAAAUGAAGUCUGUAAGGACAUAAUCUCUUAUCCUUUGAACUCCCCUGUGCAACUUGCUGAACUAAAAUUAUUGGAGCACUUGAGUGUGAAAUUUGAGAAUCACCAUAUGAUUGCCAAUUAUAUUCCAGAUCUCCUCACCUUGUUAAACAAGGGAAAUGUCAAAACCAAGUUUUAUGUUUUAAAAGUGUUUUCGCGCUUGUCUAAAAAUCAAGCCAAUACAAGAGAAUUGAUCAGUGCCAAAGUACUGUCAUCAUUGGUUGCACCCUUUAACAAGAAUGAGUCAAAGGCCAAUAUUCUUAAUAUUAUUGAAAUUUUUGAGAAUAUAAAUUUCCAAUUCAAAAAGAAGGUGAAGUUAUUUACCAAGGAAGAGUUCACUAAAUAUGAACUUAUUUCCAUAUUCCAGGAAGCAAAACAGUUUGGUCAGAAACUCCAAGACUUAGCAGAACACAGUGAUCCUGAGAGAGAGUGGAAGAGAAGGGGAGAGACAGAGAGAGAGAAACAUCUAUGUGAGAGAGACAUCGAUUGGACCGAGGCCGGGGAUCAAGCCUGCAACUGAGGAGUUAAAAUGAAGGACAACUGAUCACACUUGGGCAUUAAGCUUACCUGAAAA